AUGAAACCGACAGCUAAGAGCUUCUCGAUCUCGGUUUCAAUGAUGACAACUAGCUCAGGAGCGAAGUUGCUUCUCUUCUACACCACUGGCUUACUGGUUGGGCUUAGGUGGGAGCUGAUCUGCGCUUUUCUUUCUGGCUUGUUAAGAUCAAAAGUACUAGCUCAACGUCCUCUUCAGGCUUCCAUCCUUCUUCAGGAAAGACCUCUAGAUGGAUUCCUUCGACUUGGUCCUGACUCUUUAAUUGCUAUUUGGAGGGGGGUAGCUAUCCUCUUUACUUUUUGGUCCGCUCGAUUGUCAGGAAUGGGAUUUGCCAUCUCAUUCACUUGUUCUGUCCGGCUUACUGGUAUGAACUGUGCUUGCUUGCAUUUCCUUAGGCCUUGGGCGGAGCAUCUUCUCACCACUGCCUAA